UGUAUCGCAAAUACCAAUUUAUUUCUUUGUUUGCAUGAAACAUGAGUUUUAAUUAAAAGUGUAAUAAAAAUGUCGAAAAAACUUUGGGGAGAAUUUGAAGACGACGAAAACGAUGAUAACAUACAGCAGACUGUCAACUUUAAUCCCAUCAUAGAAUUAGGCAUGCAAAAUAUACCAGAAAUACCUAUUACUGUCAAAUCGUCACCCAUAGAACUACCAAAAUCGAAUUUAAUAACUCACACGAUUCAAUUGCAUGCAUACUCCAGGCAACUAAAUGCUAUAUUAGAACAAACUGAAAAUGCAGUUUUCGAGGGUGCUCGUCUAGAUGUAAUGAGCUUACCAACGCCGCCUCCUGAACUAAGCACAGAAUUAGAACAUGAAUCCAAACCACCGAUAAACUUUCUUCAAAAAGAGUAUUGCGAUUUUUCUCGUGGAAAAGGACCAGUUAUUACGCCGUUCACACCUGAAAGUCAUAAGCGUGCGUUACGCCAAUGCGCAGCUAUUGCUCUCGGCCACAUAGGCAUCACAACUUGUACCAACACAGCCCUGAAUGCAAUGGCAGAUGCCUUGGACCUUUACUUGAAUAAUAUGUGCAAACUUAUGAGAACCAUAGUAGAUAGAGAAGCGGGUGGUAUAAAGUCUGGUUUCCCUGAUGUGAUGGCAAAAGUUUUUGCAGAUCUGAAUGUUGGUAAUCUUCAUGAGUUUUAUCAGAAUCGAGUAAUCAAAUAUCAUGCUAAAAUGAAACGAACAUGUGAAGACUUAAAAGUACAGUGUGAGUCUUUGGCUUUAGGAGAGCUCGCUCAACCGCUGGAAGAAGUGCCAGAGUUACAUUUCCCAGCAGCACUAGAUGAUGCAUUCACACCUUCACUAGAGCCUGGUUUUCAAAUGUUACAAAGCUUGGAGCAAGAUCAAUUACAAGGUCUGGAUAUUUUGGAAGCUGUCACAUCAGAUGAUAUAAGAGUAGAUCAUAUUGAUUUCUCACAGCCUGAAACAGUUAAAAUAUCAUCUCUGUCACCUGGUGCAAGAAAGAAACGAAAAUAAAUGUUUAAGCAUACAUUUUA